CCCGGCUCAGCGCUGGGCACUGAACCCAGCUCCCGGCAGCACCAUGAAGUCAGGGGCCACCUUCCUCCUCCUGGGGCUCCUGGCCCUCUGGGCCCAGCUGCCGCCUGCGGCUGGGGACCUUUGUAGACUCCCUGCUGACCCCGGGUCCUGUUAUGCCAUGAUCCCUCGCUGGUUCCACGACUGGCAGGCCAAGAAGUGUGAGAAAUUCACCUAUGGAGGUUGUGAUGGGAACAAGAACAACUUUGAGACUCAAACAGAAUGUCUCAGGAAGUGCGGCGGGCACGGGUCUCCCUAACUCCCGUCUGCCAGGACCUGGACUCCUCAGGGGACGAGCUGCCUCAGCCCCACAGACCCACACAGCAUAAUUGCCAAGAUCGGAUCAGCCUGAAAACAAAGCCUCGACCCCCAGG